UACACAGGAUGUGCUGCUCAGCUCUUUUUCUUUGUGUUCUUCAUCUCAGCAGAGUUUUAUCUCCUUACUAUCAUGUGCUAUGACCGCUAUGUGUCCAUCUGCAAACCCCUGCACUACGGGACCCCCCCCUCCCUGUCCUCCCAAUCCCUGGAUCUGACCCUGUCAGUUCUGUACUCGGUGGUGCCUCCAGCCCUGAACCCCCUCAUCUACAGCCUGAGGAACAAGGAGCUCAAGGCUGUCAUGGAGAAGCUACAGCAUCACAGAUUGCAUUUAUGA